AGUACGUGAAGUUAUCUAGCAGUCCACCCACAGCCUGACAUCGGGAAAGUCGGCGCAGAAGGCUGUGUGUUAACUUGCGGUAGUCCUCUGUGUAUUAACGGAGAAGACCAACGUGGAGGUUAACUCAGUAAUUGGUUUUUCCUUUCAAGCCACACUGGUGAGAGCUCGUUCUUUAGUUUGUGGUUGUUUGCUGUCUGAAAGCCCAGUCUAGUGGAGGACGACCUUGAACAGCUGGUUAUCCUGUCUCCACCUGCCCUUUGCUGAGACCACAGGCUGUUAGUGCUGAUAAAGUCAGUAAACCAUCCUGGAAGGCCACCUGGCAAUGUGGCUCUCGGCUGUCUGUGGCCUUGAUUUACAGUGGAGAGGUGGCAUGUCUGAAAGUACAGUUUGUGGUUGGUGUGUACCUUUUAACAGUUGGUGUUUCUGAAUGUUUCAUGUGUUUGUGGACCAAAACAUGGGAUUAAUUUUGAUUUUUAAGAAGACAUUGUCAGUAGUCCUGAUCCAGCUAUCAAUUUGGCAUUGAUGAAGAUGCUGUGCCUGUUUUUCUUGGACUAGUGGUUAUUCUGAAAGUCCCUUCAAGCACAGUUUCUAUUUGAAAACUCAAGUAUCAAAAAAAAUAUUACGAAACAGUCUAAGGAUAUGCUCUAUUUGAAGAAUACAGAUUUCAUAGAGACUCCAGUUGGACUCCAGUUAAUCUCCAAUCAGAGUGUUUUUUUUUUUAAUUAACUUAAUUUUGAAGAACUUUAUAUAAGCAACACCAAAAGAUGGGAGAAAAAAAUGGUGAUGCAAAGACUUUCUGGAUGGAGCUACAACAUGAUGGUAAAGUUGACUUUAUAUUUGAAAAAACACAAGAUGUGCUACAGUCUCUAAAACAUAAGAUAAAAGAUGGGUCUGCCACAAAUGGAGACUACAUUCAAGCAAUGGUUUUAGUAAAUGAAGCAACUAUUAAGAACAGUUCAACAGUGGAAAAGGAUGAUUUGCCUGUGACUCAGAAUGAACAGGAAAAUAAAUCAAGUGCACCUCCCUCUACAUCAUGUGAAAACUCCCUUCCUGGGGACUGUACCAUUCUAUCUACAGUAUUCCUCCCCGUGAACAAUAAGGCUGAAGAUUUAGGGGAGAAGGAACCCCGUUUGAGUGUACCUUUCCAUCGCCAUGUCUGCUCCAGUGCUUGUCUGAGGGAAAGACCACUGUGUUUGAAGGAAGAAAACCCUCUGCAGCUACCAAUCAGAUGUCACUUCCAGAGACGACACGCAAAGACAAGCUCUCGUUCUUCCGCCCUGCAUGUGAAUUAUAAAGCACCCUGUGGACGGAGUCUAAGAAACAUGAGGGAAGUGUUUCGUUACCUACUUGAGACAGAGUGUAACUUUUUAUACACAGACAACUUUUCCUUCAAUACUUACGUUCAGUUGACUCGGAAUUACCCAAAGCAAGAUGGAGUUGUUUAUGAAGUGGACAUUAGUAAUGGAGUGGAGUCGGUGCCAAUUUCAUUCUGUAAUGAAAUUGAUGGUAGUAAACUUCCACAGUUUAAGUACAGAAAGAGAGUAUGGCCCCGAGCAUAUUAUCUAAACUUUUCCAGCAUCUUUUCUGAUUCGUGUGACUGCUCUGAGGGCUGCGUAGACAUAAAAAAAUGUGCAUGUCUUCAGUUGACAGCAAAGAAUGCCAAAGAGUGUCCCUUGUCACCUAAUGGAAAGUGUAGUGGCUAUAACUAUAAAAGACUGCAGAGACCCAUACCUACUGGCAUUUAUGAAUGCAACCUAUUGUGCAAGUGUAACCGACAGUUGUGUCAAAACCGAGUCAUCCAACAUGGUCCUCAGGUGAGGCUACAGGUGUUCAAAAGUGAGAAGAAGGGCUGGGGAGUCCGCUGCCUGGAUGACAUUGACAGAGGGACAUUUGUGUGCAUUUAUUCAGGAAGGUUACUGAGCAAAGCCACUCCCAAGAAAACUAAUACUGAUGAAAAUGAAAAAGAACAGCAGAACAUUGUGAAAAAUACAUUUUCCAAAAAGAGGAGACUAGAAGUUGUACGUGAAGAUUGUGAAACACAUCCUGGAAGUUGUAAAACUGAGAAAUGUCCUCCUGAGUUUAGCCGUGAUCUCAAAGCACCUGUUGUGGAAAUGAACUAUAGAAAUAAUGCAAGAACUCAGCAUCACUCAGUCAUUAGAAGCCCUAAAUCCAAGAAUACUGUUUUUCACUACAAUGAGAAAAGCAUGGGAAGUAUUUUCUCAGAGCCUUCCACCCCAAGAAAUAAGAAUGGAUUUAAGCCAGCUCAAGAACCCUGGACCUCUAAAGCUGGGACAGCUCACGAGGAUUCAAGUUCAAACCAAACUGAAGACCAACAGCUGAUUGAAUCAGACAUGGUAAAUAUAACUCCAGGUAGCAAAGACACUUCCUCCAGGUGUAAGCACAUGGCCACACUGAAGAGUGAGGACACUAAAAAGGUGCUCAAAGUCCCAGUAAAAAAGUCCCAAGACGAAGAGUCUGCAGCCUCUCAAAGCCCACAUGUCUUAUGUGAUAAAAAGUUGCCAAGUGAAAGGACAAAGGUUCUAUCAACUUCCCUGGUAGAGCUUGGUAAGGAGAGUCUGUUUCUACUGGAUGCUUCAGAAGAUGGAAACGUGGGCCGCUUCCUUAAUCAUAGUUGUUGCCCAAAUCUCUGGGUACAGAAUGUUUUUGUAGAAACACAUGACAGGAAUUUUCCAUUGGUGGCCUUCUUCACCAACAGGUAUGUGAAAGCAAGAACAGAACUAACAUGGGAUUAUGGUUAUGAAGCUGGGACCAUGCCUGAAAAAGAAAUCCUCUGCCAAUGUGGGUUUAAUAAGUGUCGGAAAAAAAUAAUAUGACUUCAUAUCUGAUGUUUAGUCAUGAAAUGAACUGAACAAUCUGGAACUACCUCAGUUGUCAGUGAAACUGUGGUUAUCCCUUUGUUUCCCUUGGUCAGGGUAUUCAUGUUUUAUGUCUAAUUUUGUGUAAUUUAAGUCAGAAACAAAAUAAGAACAUGCAUUAAGUAUCAUGUUAUUACUAUUAUUUAGUUUUACAUGAGUUAAUAUAAACAAUAUGUUCUAUGUACAUGCCAGUGUAUAAUUUACUAACUUUUGUAUUUUGUAUGUUAAGACAAAUUUACAAUAAAAUUUUUAGGUUUCCAAA